UCCUGUCUCUCACUUCUCUAGUUUCUAACUGCAAUCGUAUCUCAUUCUUCAUUUUGUCACAUGCAAAAGUUCAGAAGUUCUUCAUCACUGAGAGUUCUCAGGAACAAGGGAAGCUCACCUAACUAGGCAUUCGCAUAAUGUGGCUGUCUUUAACAACAACCUAUUUGAUUUGUGGAACUUUAAAUGCUGGUGGAUUCUUUAAUUUGGAGAAAGAAGCAAAUCCUGAAGUGUGGAUGAAUAUUAGUGAAAUCAUCACCUACAAUGGCUACCCCAGUGAGGAGUACGAAGUCACCACUCAAGAUGGGUACAUACUCAGUGUCAACAGAAUUCCCCAUGGGCGAAGAGACACUAGGAGCACAGGUGCCCAGCCAGUUGUAUACUUGCAGCAUGCUCUGUUUGCAGACAGUGCCACCUGGCUUGAGAAUUAUGCCAAUGGCAGCCUUGGAUUCCUUCUAGCAGAUGCAGGUUACGAUGUAUGGAUGGGAAACAGUCGGGGCAACACUUGGUCAAGGAAACACAAAACACUCUCAGUGAAUGAAGAGGAAUUCUGGGCCUUUAGCUUUGAUGAAAUGGCCAAAUAUGAUCUCCCAGGAAUAAUAGACUUCAUUGUAAACAAAACUGGUCAAGAGAAGUUGUAUUUCAUUGGACAUUCACUUGGUACUACAAUAGGGUUUGCAGCCUUUGCCACCAUGCCUGAACUGGCGCAAAGAAUCAAAAUGAAUUUUGCCUUGGGUCCUGUGAUCUCAUUCAAAUACCCCACGAGCAUUUUUACCAGUUUUUUCCUGCUUCCAAGUUCCUCCGUCAAGAGGAUUUUUGGUACCAAAGGUUUCUUUUUAGAAGAUAAAAUAGGGAAGUCACCGUCUAUCAGAAUCUGCAACAAUAAAAUAUUAUGGGUAAUAUGUAUUGAAUUUAUGUCUUUAUGGGCCGGAUUCAACAUGAAAAAUGUGAACACGAGCCGAAUGGAUGUGUAUAUGUCCCAUGCUCCCACUGGAUCGUCAAUACAGAACAUCCUGCAUAUAAAACAACUUUACCAAUCUGAUGAAUUCAGAGCUUAUGACUGGGGAAGUGAAGCCGAGAACAUGCAACAUUACAAUCAGAGUCAUCCCCCACUAUAUGACCUGACUGCCAUGAAAGUGCCUACUGCUAUUUGGUUUGGUGGAAAUGAUGUCCUUGUAACACCCCAGGAUGUAACCAGGAUACUCCCCCAAAUCAGGAAUCUCCAUUACUUCAACCUAUUGCCAGAUUGGAACCACUUUGAUUUCAUCUGGGGUCUCGAUGCUGCUCAACGGGUGUACAGUAAAAUCAUAGAUAUGAUGAAGUCAUUUCCCUGACUGCAAUACAUCUAGUCUUCAGUUAAAAGUUGCUUCCAAGCCCAUAAGAGGCUUUGGGAAAAAUACUAAUCAGCAAUGAGGUCGACUCCAGCAUCCUUCACCUUGUUGCUGUCUCUGAGGUGUUCCCUUUCACGGCAUCCCAGCUAGGAAUUAGUUCUACUGUUCUACCCUUUCUCUAAGAAAUGUUCACAUCUGAAAUCUUAGAAUCGUCCCCUCAGUCAGGGCUAGGUACAUUUUUUCAUCUAAGCCCUCGUAAACUCUUCUCUGCUAACUGUACACUUCAGGGAGGAGUUAAAAGAGGUCUUUCUCUUUCUUAUUUCAAAUAUAUAUAGUGGUUUCAUGCAAAUGAUACUCACUCCCCAUCCCCUUUUUCAAAGGAUUGAAUAUAAGCAUAGGAGUGCUGGCCUAGAAGAACCUUGUCAAGGAAGUCAUUUGGCAAUAUGUUUUGGGUGGCUGUGAUCUUGUGGCUUUCUUGAAAUCACAAUUAGGGCAAUAGUCAUAUGGUCAUCUAUAGAGAAGCUACGAAAUAAGCCUGACCCACAUCAAGCAUGAAAAAAAUAGCAGAAUGGAAAGCUAACCAAAUUUAAGUAUUCCAGGAGUGUGUUUUACUGUUACAAGCUAGGGGGAAAACUAACUCUUAGUAAACAUAUGACUCAACUGGAAGGAGUGGAAGGAUGUGGUUGUAAUAGAUUAGCCUACUAGUUAUGAACAUUUAAGAGGCAUUGGACAUCGGUUGAUAUGUUUACAGAGAGAAAAGAGGGCAUUGGUUAAUAUAAGAAUCUGGUUAAGUGGGGGUCAGUUAAGAGGGCUCUGAUAAGAUAUGGGAUUUGUCUUAUUCAGCUACUGCUACAACAAUGCUUUGUAAUAAACAACUCAGUGGCUUACAACAGCAAACAUUUAUUUUUUUAUGCUCACAAGUCCACAGUCUGGCUGGUGUGGCUCUAUUUUACAUUGAUAUCACCUGGGCUUGGCUCAAAGCUGUGGGUUGGGUCAAGGUCUGCUCCAUAUCUUCUCUUCAUUCUGGAACUAGCAGCUCUCAGGGUUAUGUUCUUCACGUGACAGAUGCCAAGAGCACAGGAGGGCUAGCUAGAUCACGCUAGCAUAUAUGAACCUCUGCUUGUUCACAUGCCUUUGGCUAAUUCAGAUCACAUGACCAAGCCUUACCUCAGUGGGGUAGAAUAGUCUGCUUCACCUACAGUGGGAAGCUGCAAACCACAUGGCAGAGAGUGUGGAUAUAUAAUGCUAUUAUACAGGAGUGCAGAAUUGGGGAAGAUACUCCAUUCUACCAUAUAAAGGCAUAAAAUUCAAAAGACAAAAAUAAGGAAUACAAUGAAAAGUAAGUCUUCCUCUUUCUGCCAACUCUUGUCAUACACUCUUCACUUCAAAGACACAUAACUCUUACCAAUAUUUUGUGUAUCCUUCUACAGACUAUGCCAUGCAUAUGCUAAUGGAUCCACAGAUACCCAUUUAGUUUUUUCUCCUACAUGUACUGUACUAUUCAUACUUUUCCAUGUCUUGCUUUGAUCGCUUAGUAUAUCUCGGAGAUCAUUCCCCAUCAGGUCAUAUGGAACACUAUUAAAUGUUACAUGGAAAUUCAUCAUUAACAGAGAUUAAGAUGAAUUAGGAUUUUUUGUAAUUACACACAGUGUUGUAGAAAAUAUUGUACAAACAUCAGUUUAUACAAAUAUCAUUUAUACCUACAGGAUAAAUUAUCUUUGAACCAGUAAUUCUGGUUCAAAGAGCAUGUAGAGGGCUUCCCUGGUGGCACAGUGGUUGCGCGUCCGCCUGCCGAUGCAGGGGAGCCGGGUUCGCGCCCCGGUCCGGGAGGAUCCCACAUGCCGCGGAGCGGCUGGGCCCGUGAGCCAUGGCCGCUGGGCCUGCGCGUCCGGAGCCUGCGCUCUGCAACGGGACAGGCCGCAGCAGGGGGAGGCCCGCAUACCACAAAGAGCCUGUAGAAUUUUAAUUUUGGAUGAAAAUAUUUUUUAACUUUGUUGGUUGACAUGAAAUUGCAAAUCAUAGCUGUUAGGGUGGCUAUUAUCAUUAAAACAAAAGACAACUAGUGUUGACAAAGAAGUGGAGAAAUUGGAACCCUUGUACAUUGUUAGUGGGAAUACAAAAUGGUGCAGUCUCUACAGAAAGCAGUAUGGAGGUUCCUCAGAAAGUUAAAAAUAGAACUACUUUAUAAUCCAGCAAUCCCACUUCUGGGUAUUUAUCCAGAAGAAAUGAAAUCAGGAUAUCAAAGAGGUAUCAUUACUCUCAUGUUCAAUGCAGCACUAUUCACAAUAGCCAAUGUAGAGAAGCAAACUAAAUGCCCAUCAACAGAUGAAAGGAUUAAAAAAUGUGAUUGAUAGAUAGAUAGAAAUAUAGAUAUAGAUAUAGAC